GGAAGAACUCGGGCGGCGGGGAAUGCACCGUCCGACCCCUGGGUGCCAGCGCCCCGGACACCUUCAAGGUGGAGUUCUUGGACAGGGCAGGGGUACAGGAACCUAGGCCUCUGGCUGCCAAGAGACGCAGCCACGGUGGCAGACAGAGCCCAGAGUUGCCCAGUCGGCGAUGUAGCCUGACUGCGCCUUGACGUGGACACCUUUCCAGCAUCCAAGUCCCAGCUCAUCUUUCUCAGAUCUCAGAAGAGCAACCUUCUCCUGCCCCCACCCCAGAUGCCUGUCACCCUUUGCCAUUUAGCCAAGGAGAGAGUGUUGAAAAAAGAAGCGCACCAGAUUUGGGUUGACCACAAACCUGUGACUAUUUUCCUGGAACCCACCAAAAAUCCAAUAGAGGAGAAUAUGAGACCUGGAAUGUCUCAAGUGCAAACAGCAUCACAAGAAGGGGAGAGGUCUGGUGAGAAGCAUCCAGGUGAAGAACAUAUUCCUAAUGCUGUGGAUUCCUGUGUCCAAAAUAUCUUCCUUACUGUCACGGCUGAACUGAACUGUAACCUGUUCUCUAAAGAGCAGAGGGAGUGCAUAACUACUCUCUGCCCCAAUGUCGCAAAAAUGGAGGGCUACAAUGGAGUUGAGAGAGUGUGUGGUACCUUCCAAGAUAUUGAAAAAAUACAUGGCUUCUUGAGUGAGCAGCUUGUAAAAAGCGAGCGGAAUCCUGAAUCAUCGCCUUUGACAACAGAGUGGGAGCCACUCCAGGAAGGCCAGAACAGCUGUGGUUCUCCCUCUGAACCAAAAACCAAGUCAGAAGGAAAAAGCAACUGCUAUGAAGUUCCCUUAUUUCUCUUUGAGUACUUCCAAUAUACCCAUCCUGGAAAAAUGGACUCAGUAGAGAAAAGAUUUGGUAUAAAAAUAAAAAGUCAUGAGAGUUCUCCUGAUAUGGUCUCUUUCGAUUUCACCCCAAGUCAAUCAGGUGACAUCAAAUCAGCUCAAGAGUCUUUUAUCCACGAGUUUCAGCAGAGCAUAGGAACUAUGAAGAAGGAAUGUGUUGUAUUGGCUGACAGUAAGCAGGCAAGUAAAAUCAAACAGAAACUGAGUCACCAGUUUCGAAAGCUUUAUAUGAAGGAGAAUGGAGGAGAAUUAAUUCUUAUGGGUACCCAUGAUGACGUUUCAGCUGCCACACAUUUUAUUGCCUCCCAAACCUCUGAAAGUCCUGUCGAGGCUUCUGUGAACAUAUUGAUUCUAAGUACGAGGAACGUAAUCGAGGUUGACACGGCACACUACAAGCUUUUAGAAGCUGCAUUACUGCAGGAGGUAUCAGAGAUAGAACAAAAGUACAGCACUCAAAGAAAGGUUUGGGAAGAAGGUCAGAAAACCUGCAUUGUAUUUGAACCUAAGGACAAGAAGUUAGAUCUGUCUGUGCACGCUCGCGCAAGUUUCAUUGAUGCCUAUCAACAUGUCUCAUGUCAGCUGAUGAGAGAAGUUCUUCCAUUGAAAUCUUUGGGCAAGGAGAGAAAGAACUUAUAUGGGACCAAGUUCAUUGGUGACCUUAGAAAUAGGCAUCCAGGUGUAUGUGUUGUGUUAAAUCAAGAGUCAAUGACCUUUAUUGGGUUGCCGAAUCAUCUUGCAAAGGCAAAGCAGUAUGUCUUACAAACAGGGGGAAUGUCCCCGUUAGCUGGACAGAAACAGAAUGAGGAUCGUGAAACACCCAUGGACGUUGAUGGGAAUGGUUCAGAAACAGCUUCACCAACAUCCCAGCGCUCUGCCAGUUCUCAGGCGUCAGGAGUGAACAAGGAAGAGGUCAUAUGUGUCAUCUGUAUGGAGCCCAUUAGAAACAAGCUAGUGCUCCCAAAGUGCAAGCACGAAUUCUGCGCCCCCUGUAUCAACAAAGCCAUGACAUAUAAACCAGUCUGUCCCAUGUGCCAGGAUCCCUGUGGUGUCCAGAAAGGGAAUCAGCCGGAGGGAAGCAUGACUUUCCAAGUCCAAAAAUACUCACUCCCAGGCUAUGAAUCCUGUGGCUCCAUUGUGAUUAAUUAUGAUAUGAAAGGAGGCAUACAAACAGAAGAGCACCCAAACCCAGGAAAGCCAUAUGCUGGAACAUGGCGCACUGCAUACUUGCCUGAUAACAAGGAAGGACGGGAGGUUUUGAAACUGCUUCAGAAAGCCUUUAAACAAAAGCUAAUUUUCACAGUGGGAGAGUCUCGAGUUACAGGACUCUCCAAUGUCAUUACAUGGAAUGAUAUCCACCAUAAAACGUCCAUGUCUGGGGGACCGGAAAGAUAUGGCUACCCUGAUCCUAAUUACCUGAAACGCGUCAAACAGGAGCUGAAAAAUAAAGGAAUUCAGUAAGAAGACUGCCGGAAGGAUGUCUUGAGCCAAGCUUUCAAAAGACACAGUUGAAGGAGCAGAGUAAAUAUCCUUAUGUAGAAAGACCUUUUACAAAUGUUCAUCUCAAGGGUUCGUGGAAGAGUAAGAAUCUGUUAUGUUGUUUUUGGAGUGCUACUUUUUAUGGAAGACAAAGCCCCCGAUAUCUGUGUGACUUUUGCUGCAGGGGUGAUAUGCCUCAUUCUUGGGUCAUUGUUGCAGGGCAGAGAGGAUGGAGUGUUGUGGACCUAAAGUCAUCAUCUGUGCUCUGCAGUUGAAACACCAGCUGCCAGUGGGUCCUCUUUGGACCGCCAUCUCCGGGGUGGUCCCUUAGUUUUUUGUUGGUUGAUUUGCCCUUUAAAUACUGUGAAAGUGAAAUCCUAGUGCAAAUGGGGGAAGUAGGGAGGCUUUGGUUAUGAAAAAAUUAAGACACAUGUUCCCCUCUUUUGUGGCCAGAAGAGUGACUGGGAGCAGAGAUCGGGCAACCUUUGGUGAUAAAGCACAUAAGGCUAUUAUUUUUCAUGACACAGGGCCUGGUAUACAGUUGGUACUUAACAAAUUUUUGCUACCAGACUUAGGUGGCUAAUACCACAGCAGAGGAAUAUAUGUUCCCCAAAUCUUUAUCAGAGGCAGGAGUAAGGAAGCCAUUUCUGGAGUCCUCACCACUGAUUUGGAAAACGGGGUUUCUUAUCUGGUUAUCUACACUGCAGCCUCUCUCCAAAAAUGAUGAAUGAGGUGUCUUUUUCUUUCCUUAAACAUACGCACACACACAUACAUAUAUAUUUGGUCAGAGGGCAACAGCUAAUAUUUACUGUGGACUUAUUUUGUCCCCUUUAUAAGAUCUUCACAUUCGUGUGAUUGAUACGAGUAGGACUCCAUUUUAUAACUGAGAAAGCUGAUGUACAGAGGACACCUUGGCGAAGGUCACCCAGUUAACAAGCAGAAGUGCUAGGAUUUAAUGGAGAUAGCCUGGCCUCAAGGCUUCUGUACCCCAGAGCUUCUCCUCCACAAAGCCGGCCUAGGCGUUCCCUGGGCUUCUCUCACAGCAAAUUUCCUCUGAAGAAGUCUUAUUUGAAGAACUUAAAAACCCAGAAUCUUUUCCUUCGACUGGAGAGUUGAGGAAGCUUAAACUAAAUCAUAGCCCCCCCUUUUUUUAAAAAAAAUCAGAUGAUACAUUUAAAUUUUGGUGAUUCAUUAAAGUCUUUACCAUUAUGAUUAGUUGUUUUGUAUCUACUAAGCUUUAGCUAAAUUUGCUUCAAAUAAACUCCAGUUUGGUUCCUGCUCCUUGAUUACAGUGCCAAGUGUGCACAGGCAGUUCGGUGGUGUGAGCGGUUGGGAAGCCUUUGGAUUGCUGCUUUUGCUCUGCAGAAGGUAUUAUCACAUGUAUCUGCUUUCAAUAAAGUUAUUUCCGCAUUAGGA